AUGAGAAUAACAUCAGUAGAACCUGAACUUCGUCGAUUUUUUCAAUGGUAUGGUGAAUUUGGUUAUCAGUGGCGAUGGUUCCUAAUCAUGUCUCCAUUGAUCAUAACUGCAUUAUUAUCACUUGGUUUUUGUCGCCUUACUGCUUUAACUAUUGAUGAUCCUUUUUAUGUUUUCACUCCGGUAUAUGCCAGGUGGCAUCAAGAAUUUGACACGUUCGCUUCACUAUGGCCAUUGAAUGAAAACAAAUUUCUGCCGGGUAAAUCGUUUGAAAUGAAGCGAUUUAUAAAUGUACUAGUAAAAGCCAAAGAUGGAGGAAAUUUGUUGAGAGAGGAAAUAUUAGAUGAGAUACAAGGACUGAAUCAGUGGAUUAUGUUUAAUAUUAGCAUACCAACAACUGAUGGCAAGUAUAAUCUCACAUAUCAGGAUUUAUGUCUUAGCUAUGAAUGGAUAUGUGGAACAAAUGAACAUAUUUCGAUGUUACAAGAAAGGAUGAAAGUUGGCAAUUUUGUGGAAUUAACAUACCCUCGAGCUGGCAGUAAGGUAAGCUUAUCAUUAAUACUAAGUGAUGUGACUUUAAACGAAUCGAAUGGUACUAUAAAAGCAGCAAAACUGACUCAACUCUUCUAUUUCUUGAAGCAAGAAGCGCAUAUUGUUCGUCGUUACUCAACCGCAUUCUCAUAUGCUGUUGAGCAUUACUUAUUGCAUAAUUAUAAAAGUGAUAUUAUUUCACUUUCAUUCUCACAUUACCAUUCAUUACAGGACGGUUUAGCUGAGAAUGCAAAAGACUUCACUUGGAAUUUCCUUACUAGCUUCUCGUUACUCUGCAUUUAUGCUACCAUAUUUUCAUACGUCCUCAAGAAACAUCCAAGAACAAGCAUCGACUGGGUUCGUAGCAAGCCGUAUGUUGCGUGUGCAGGACUUAUUACAACAUUACUGGCAAUGUGCAGUGGUUUUGGGCUUGCGCUGAUGUUAAACAUACCGUACAAUGUAAUCAACACAAUUAUACCAUUCCUUAUUAUCGCAAUUGGAGUGGAUGAUAUGUUUGUAAUGAAUGCUUGUUGGAAUCAAACAGACCAGACAGAUACUGUAUCAAAAAGAAUGAGUAAUAUGAUGGCUCAUGCAGGGGUCACUAUAUCUAUCACAAAUAUCACUGAUAUAUUAUCAUUUGCCGUAGGCUGUCAUAGCGAAUUACCAGGAAUUCAGUUCUUCUGCAGCUAUGCCUGUAUUACAUUCAUCUUUUGCUAUUUGUAUCAAUUUACAUUUUUUAUGGCAUUUCUUGCCAUAAUGGGUUCUGUGGAAAUGAAUCAACGACACUGCCUACUUUUCUAUAAAGCUGACGAAAAAUGCGUCAAAAAAGAAAUGAUUAACAGUGCUCGAUUCUGUAAUUCAAGGAAUGACUAUGAUAAUAGACUGUGUAUCACAACAAUAUCUCAGUUAAAAACUCAACCAAUCGAGAAGAAAAAGAAUACGUGGACACAAUAUUUCUUUGGUCAUAUUUAUGCUCAGUUUAUACUGCGCAAAGAAUGUGCUAUUUUAACAUACAUCUUCUAUUUUAUAUAUAUUGCUGUUGCUGUGAUCGGAUGUUUGAAUUAUUCGGAAGGAUUGGAACCAGAGAAUUUGGUUACAAAUAAUCAUUACACCUCUCAUUAUUUCGCAGAUUUGAAAAAUUUCUGGGUACGAGGUACUCAACUUCAUGUUGCUGUACUACAUCCUCCAAAUCUUACUGAUCCUAUUCAAAGAGAAAAAAUGAUGGCUGUAGUACAAGCAUUUGAGAAUACGGAAUACACAUUAGGUAGAGAUGGAACAAUUUUUUUCUUUCUAGAAUAUUUAAAUUACCUUGAUGAAGUCAACGCUGAACUGGAAAAUACGGAACGGAUUUGGAACACAAAAUUGCUAAGUUGGUUAAAAUAUACUGGAGGAAGUAAUCAGUGGGCAACAGAUAUCCACUUUAACGAGAAUGGUACUUUUCAAGCAUUUCGAUUUCAGGUAGCAAUGCAAAACACUGUUAGCGCAAAUCAGCACAAAAAUGCCGCUCAAAAAUUACGUGAAAUAGCUGAUCGGCAACCAUUUAAAAUCGAAGUAUUUCAUGAAACGUUUCCGUUUGCUGAUCAAUAUAUAAUUAUUGUCCCAUCAACUAUUCGCAGUAUCAUUAUAUCGCUAAUCUGUAUGGCUACUGUGGCUUCUUCAGGUGCUUUAAUAAUCAUCUCUAUAAUAUCAAUUAAUACGGGUAUAUUUGGAUAUAUGACAUUCUGGGGUGUUCAUUUGGAUGCCGUAUCAAUGAUUUCCAUCAUUAUGAGUAUUGGUUUCGCUGUUGAUUUAUCAUCUCAUAUCACAUAUGCAUUUGUUAUGGCAACUGGCUCAUCAAGAGAACGAGUUAUUCAUGCUCUCGAAUCACUUGGAUGGCCCAUUUUUCAGGGUGCAGCAUCAACAAUCGCUGGUGUAUCUGUCCUCUAUACGGUCAAUGCAUAUAUUAUUUUAACAUUUUUUAAGACAAUUUGGCUUACAAUGGUCAUUGGAUUAUUACAUGGAUUACUGUUUAUCCCAAUUACUCUUAGUUUUUUCCCUUUGUCACCUUUUCUUUGUAGCAAAAAGUUGUAG